GGAACCUUGAUAACUGAUCUGCCCGCAAUCAUUCACCCCUUUUCUCUUUUCCUUUCCCUCUUUCCUUCUCUCUUUCUGAUUCUCUCUUUCUCUUCUUUUUCUUCCCAAGACCCAAAGUUCGUUCCUUUUUCGGAUCAGAGAAAACCCAGACCGAAGCCUCUUCCCCUCCAAACCCUUCCUCUUUAAGAAGAAGAUGGUUGAAACGCGACGGAGCUCUUCGUCUUCCAAACGCUCCCUUUCCUCUCCGGUUACCUCCCCUCCUACUUCUAGUAAACGAUCCAAGGCAUCUGAGCCGGCGUCGUCGUCAACCAAUGGAGCUGCAGUUUCUGGGCCGCUUAACGAAGCCCUAGGCCCGCCUAAAGAAUCCGGGUCGGACUCACGGGUAACGGAGCUCCGUUCUUCUGAUCUGCGGGUAUCUGAUGUGGCUAAGGCCGUUGAUGCGUCUGUCACCGAUAAGUCUGCUGAUGCUGAUGUGGAGAACGGUACUUUGGUGUCUCCGCGGUCCUUAGGUGAAGCUGCCAUGGAUGUGGAGAAAGCGAAGGCGGUUGGAACAGGGUUUACUGGUCGGGUUAAGAAGAGACCAACGAAGUCAGCGAAAUCAGGUUCUAAAGUCCCGUGGGGAAAGCUUCUUUCCCAGCACUCUCAGAAUCCUCACUUGGUCAUGUGUGGCACGCCAUUCACUGUUGGCCAAAGCCGUCAGUGUAACUUAUGCCUUAAAGAUCCCAAUGUUAGCACUAUUUUGUGCAAAGUGAAGCACAUAGAGAGUGAUGGCUCUUCUAUUGCCUUACUAGAAAUUACCGGAGGAAAAGGCUCUGUCCAGGUUAAUGGGAAGAUUUAUCGUAAGAGUAAAAGUUUAAUUCUAAAUGCAGGCGAUGAAUUGAUUUUCACUAGUACUGGAAACCAUGCUUAUAUUUUUCAGCAGCUCACAAAUGAUAACUUAGCUGCUCCAGGAAUACCUUCAUCUGUAAGCAUUUUAGAAGCCCAGGCUGCUCCUAUAAAAGGUAUUAUUGAGGCACGAUCAGGGGACCCGUCGGCUGUUGCUGGGGCAGCAACAAUAUUGGCGUCUUUGUCAACAAAAGAAAAUUCGGAUAUGUCCACUCUACCCUCUGGUUGUGAUGUGUCAGAUGACCGUGUUCCAGAAGUGGACAUGAAGGACAGUGCUAGUAAUAAUGAUCCAGCAACUGUUUCUUCAAGGGAGAAAACUGUUACUCCCCCGCCUGAUACUGCCAAUGAAAACCCGAAUCUAGAUAGACUUGGAUUGGAUGAUACCAUGGAUGCUGACAAUUCAAAGGUCCCAGGGGCAGGUUACCCUUUAAGGCCAUUAUUGCGUAUCCUUGCUGGUACAUCUUCUACUGACUUUGAUUUGAGUGGCAGCAUUGCCAAAAUUCUUGAUGAGCAAAGAGAAAUUAGAGAGAUGCUCAAGGAAUUUGACCCUCCUAUGGUUUUGAUAUCAACGAAGCGGCAAGCAUUUAAAGACAGCUUACAGGAAGGCAUUCUCAAUCCGGACAAUAUAGAUGUCUCAUUUGACAAUUUCCCAUAUUACUUGAGUGAUACGACAAAGAAUGUAUUGGUAGCCUCAACGUAUGUGCAUUUGAAGUGUAAUAAAUUUUCAAAGUAUGCCUCAGAUCUUCCUACUAUGAGUCCUCGUAUAUUAUUAUCUGGUCCUGCAGGUUCAGAAAUAUAUCAGGAGACUUUGGCAAAGGCCCUUGCGAAACAUUUUGGAGCUAGAUUGCUAAUUGUUGAUUCUCUUCUCUUGCCUGGAGGAUCAACAUCGAAAGAAGCUGAUGGUAUGAAAGAAACUUCAAGAGCUGAAAGGGCAUCUAUAUAUGCCAAAAGAGCUGCACAGGCUUCUGCUGCUUUGCAGCAGAAGAGACCAACUUCUAGCGUCGAAGCUGAUAUAACAGGUGGUUCUUCACUGAGCUCCCAAGCUUUGCCAAAGCAGGAAGUAUCUACUGCAACAUCUAAAAACUAUACAUUUAAGAAAGGUGAUAGGGUUAAGUUUGUGGGUGCCACAGCACCUUCUGGACUUUCCUCUCUACAACCCGCUUUAAGGGGCCCCACAAUUGGUUUUAGGGGAAAAGUAGUCCUUGCUUUUGAAGAAAAUGGUUCCUCAAAAAUUGGGGUCAGGUUUGACAGAUCUAUCCCGGAGGGCAACGAUCUUGGGGGGCUUUGUGAAGAAGAUCAUGGUUUCUUCUGUGCUGCAAGCUCACUUCGCUUGGAUAGUUCUGGAGGUGAUGAUGUUGACAAGCUUGCUGUUAAUGAACUUUUUGAGGUUGCAUUGAAUGAAAGCAAAAGCAGUCCCUUGAUAUUGUUUGUGAAAGACAUAGAGAAGUCUAUGGCUGGAAAUACAGAUGUGUAUAGUGCCUUGAAGUGUAAGGUUGAGAAGUUGCCAGCAAAUGUUGUUGUAAUUGGUUCUCAUACCCAGAUGGAUAAUCGUAAGGAGAAAUCUCAUCCCGGUGGCCUUUUGUUCACAAAGUUUGGAGCCAACCAGACUGCUUUACUUGAUCUCGCUUUUCCAGAUAAUUUUGGCAGACUUCAUGACAGGAGCAAAGAAACACCUAAAACAAUGAAACAAGUUACCAGGCUUUUCCCUAACAAAGUGACGAUCCAGUUGCCUCAGGAUGAAGCUUUACUUUUGGACUGGAAGCAGCAGUUGGAACGCGACAUUGAAACUCUUAAAGCACAGUCAAACAUUGUUAGCAUUCGAUCAGUACUCAAUCGAAAUGGCUUGGAUUGCCCCGAUCUGGAAACACUUUGUAUUAAAGAUCAAACCCUUACAAAUGAGAGUGUGGAGAAAGUGGUAGGCUGGGCACUUAGUCACCACUUCAUGCAUUCUUCAGAAGCUUUGGUGAAAGAUGCUAAACUUGUAGUUUCAACUGCAAGCAUCAAAUAUGGGCUGAACAUUUUGCAAGGCAUUCAAAGUGAAAGCAAAAGCUUGAAGAAAUCACUUAAGGAUGUGGUCACUGAGAAUGAAUUUGAGAAGAAACUUCUUGCGGAUGUUAUUCCUCCAAGUGAUAUUGGGGUUAGCUUUGAUGAUAUUGGAGCCCUUGAAAACGUCAAGGACACCUUGAAGGAAUUGGUGAUGCUUCCCCUUCAAAGGCCUGAAUUGUUUUGCAAGGGACAGUUGACAAAGCCCUGUAAAGGAAUAUUGCUGUUUGGGCCUCCUGGUACUGGAAAAACAAUGCUUGCCAAGGCUGUUGCAACUGAAGCUGGUGCAAACUUUAUUAACAUAUCAAUGUCCAGCAUUACUUCAAAGUGGUUUGGUGAAGGGGAAAAGUAUGUUAAAGCUGUUUUCUCUCUGGCCAGUAAAAUUGCACCUAGUGUUGUUUUUGUUGAUGAGGUUGAUAGCAUGCUAGGAAGACGGGAGAAUCCAGGUGAACAUGAGGCUAUGCGUAAAAUGAAGAAUGAAUUCAUGGUAAAUUGGGAUGGUCUUCGUACGAAGGAUAAAGAACGGGUGUUGGUUCUUGCUGCUACAAACCGGCCAUUUGAUCUUGAUGAGGCAGUCAUCCGGAGGCUCCCUCGAAGAUUGAUGGUUAAUUUGCCUGAUGCUUCAAAUAGAGAAAAGAUUCUAAGAGUUAUACUAGCCAAAGAGGAAUUGUCACCGGAUGUUGAUUUGGAAGCUAUUGCAAAUAUGACUGAUGGGUAUUCUGGAAGUGACCUGAAGAACCUUUGUGUGAGUGCUGCACAUUGUCCCAUACGAGAAAUUUUGGAGAAGGAAAAGAAGGAGAGAGCAGUGGCAGUGGCCGAGAAUAGACCGUUACCGUCCUUGUAUAGCAGUGCUGACAUUCGUUCUCUGAAGAUGGAUGAUUUUAAAUAUGCACAUGAGCAGGUACCGCACUUGGUCCCAAUCAUUGUAUAUUUAGAGCUUUUG